CCGGGCCGGGGCUGGAGAAGUUUGCGCGGCGGCUCGAGAGCGCAGGGUGCGGGCCCCGCCGGCCGCUGCGCGCCCGCUGCCAUGGCUUUCCGCAGGAGGACGAAAAGUUACCCGCUCUUCAGCCAGGAGUUCGUCAUCCACAACCAUGCGGACAUCGGCUUCUGCCUGGUGCUCUGCGUCCUCAUCGGGCUUAUGUUCGAGGUCACCGCCAAGACUGCCUUCCUAUUUAUUUUACCUCAGUAUAACGUUAGCGUGCCUACAGCAGAUAGUGAGACUGUGCACUACCACUAUGGGCCGAAGGAUCUGGUCACCAUCUUGUUCUACGUCUUCAUCACCAUCAUCUUGCACGCUGUGGUUCAGGAGUACAUUUUAGAUAAAAUCAGCAAACGGCUUCACCUCUCCAAGGUGAAACACAGCAAGUUCAACGAAUCUGGACAGCUGGUCGUCUUUCAUCUCAGCUCUGUGGUAUGGUGCUUCUACGUGGUGGUGACGGAAGGAUAUUUAACAAACCCAAGAAGCCUCUGGGAAGACUACCCACACGUGUACCUCCCCUUCCAGGUGAAGUUUUUCUACCUGUGCCAGCUGGCCUACUGGCUGCAUGCACUGCCUGAGCUGUACUUCCAGAAGGUACGGAAGGAGGAAAUUCCCCGCCAGCUCCAGUACAUCUGUCUGUACCUGGUCCACAUAGCUGGAGCAUACCUCUUAAACCUCAGCCGCCUGGGCCUGAUCUUGCUGCUGCUGCAGUACUCAACUGAGUUCCUCUUCCACAUGGCUCGACUCUUCUACUUUGCCGAUGAGAACAACGAGAAGCUGUUUAAUGCCUGGGCUGCUGUGUUUGGGGUCACCCGCCUCUUCAUCCUCACACUCGCCGUGCUGGCCAUCGGCUUUGGACUCGCUCGCAUAGAAAACCAGGCCUUUGAUCCCGAGAAAGGAAACUUCAACACCUUACUCUGCAGGCUCUGUGUGCUGCUGCUGGUGUGCGCUGCCCAGGCCUGGCUCAUGUGGCGCUUCAUCCACUCCCAGCUGCGACACUGGCGGGAAUACUGGAAUGAGCAGAGUGCCAAGCGGAGAGUCCCAGCUGCCCCCAGACUGCCGGCCAGGCUCGUCAAGAGGGAAUCUGGUUACCAUGAAAACGGAGUAGUGAAAGCGGAGAAUGGGACCUCCCCACGGACUAAGAAACUCAAGUCUCCUUGAGGCCAAAGUGCUGGAACAGGGAUCCUCUCAUGGGGGCACGGCAGGGAGGUUGGGGAGCCCGGCCCCCGCCACUGCCUUCCCCCUCCUGCUCCUGAUGCUCCAUCUCAAGCAGCAGGAACCUGUCUUCAAAUGGGGCUUUUCCUUUCUUACUUUUUGGCUUUCUCUUCUUACUCCUCCAUAAACCAUUCUCAAUAAAACCAAAACUCUUCCUUCUUUCUCUCCCUUAAGCCACCUCACGUCCUUGCCUCUGUCCUGUGUUGGGUUUUCUAGAAGCCCAGGCCCUCAUGGUUAUCUUUUUGCUUGCCUCCUCUUUCUCUUCCUUCACGGCUGCUGCUUUUUACUUCUCUCACCAUAUUGUGCAAUUUUUCCGUGUCUGAUUUUUACAAUGAGAGGGAGCUCAAGUUGCAGUGAGUCCUGGCCAUCCACCACCCAGCUUCAGUCCCCAGGACUUGUCAAAGCCAGAAGCCUCGUGCCAAGGAGCCUCUGCCUGGGGCCACUAGCAGGCCCACCCGCGGGCCCCAUGUUCGCGCGAGGAGAGGAGAGACCAGCUCUCUUGGAUCAUAAUCUCCUAGGUGCUGAUUAACUGAGAUGUAUGAUUCCAGUUCCACACGCACCAGCUGGAGGCCCGGCAUAGCCACUGCUCCUUGGAAUUGCCAAGGCAUUUGGCUGUGGGGCAUGGAGACCUGGUCCAGAAAGAUGGUGUUAACCGUGUUGGGUCCCGUGACUCGAGACGGCUUACCGGUGGCUGGUCCUGGACGGGGGCCAGCCUGUCCUCGCUCUGCUGGGGAGGUGCUGAAGGAGGACAAGUCUCCCCACCCUCUAAAGCAAGAACAAAGCGUACUGAGCAGCAGGCUCCUCUGGAAAGGUAAUGGCGGCAGAGGCGAUGGAGCUGUUGUCCUCAGCCUUUCUUCAGCCCCAGCUACAGCUGCUUUUU